AUGCCUGUUGCAGCCUAUCGAGGUGCUUUCCACUUUGUCAACAAAGACGCCUCCAAUUUAAACACAAGGGAUGCAGAUGAAGCCUUCUCGAUCAGUUCUCACGUCACCAACAAGUACUAUCAUUGGGCCAAGAGCAAUCGACAAAUUGGCGGGAGUCGCGACACUUUGUCGAGAUGCAGUCCUAACGGUAUCGUUGAUCCAGAUGCAUCAAAGGGUUUCGGUGAUGCGGACAAUGACGGCUAUAUCCGUUCUUUCAACGAUGAGGCCUCCAUCCGAAUGAUAUGUUGGCAGCUGGGAUCAGGCGCGAAUCCUUCCGCCCGCAGCUCUGCUAGUCCUCCCAGCUCACUUGAACCUGCCGAGCAGGCAUGCUCAAACAGGGAGAGCGGCGACCAGUAUGUUAGGCCAGAACUCUGGCCCGGUAGACUGAUACCAGAGACGUCCCCGACCUUGCCAAAGCAACAUGAUUGGAGUGCCCCUGACUGGCAAGCAUGUCCUCGCUUUCAAAAAGAGGCCUUGGAAGUCUUCCGUGGCUUCUUCCUCUCGUUUAGUAGCAUCAAUGCGCCUAGCAAUGGGACUCGCCAGUCCAUGGAGCUUCGUUGGCGACAUCGAGCAAAAGCUCUCGUGACAGAUAAGAAAUGUCUGCACGGCUGGUAUGCAAGCGUCCUGACGCUGAAGGCACUGUUUACGCAACCGCAAUUCUACAGCUUCCUCUACCCAAUGGCCCUGAAGCAUCAAAACAGGAGCCUGAUGUUGCUGCGAGAGCACAUCCGCCAGGACACGCGACCUUCAGAAAGCCUGAUUAUGUGUAUCUGGUGCAUUGCGUGUAUGGCGUUCUACUCCGGUGAUAUGGAAGCAAACAUGGCUCACGCGUCGGCGUUGUGGGAGGUCGUCGAGGGGCUCGGUGGGAUCAAUAUGCUCAGCCUUGACACUCGGGCGCAGGUAAUUCUUGCAGACAAUGGUCAUUCAAGAUUCACACUUACCAGGCCGCAUCUCGAUUACACAUGCUUCGAUCCUGGGUCCUUCCAACAGCAACCCGAUUUUGAGCAAUACGGCUCCUUACUGUCCGAUAUGGAAUUUCAGUUUCAACGCUGGGACGAAUCAUUCCUGCUGCCUGAUGAUGAAAUAUCCGACAGCCUAGAAAAUUAUGUUAACAUGCACCGAGAAUUCAUGGCUGCGCAUGCUCUGACCAGCAGGCUCCUUUGGGAGAGGAAGGGCGAGAAGUUUGUUGCUGCCAUCUUCAGCUGGCUUCACCGACGUCGCGCAGCAUUGAGUUCCUGGACGAUGACCCUCUACUGCGACAUUGUCGAGACCAUCACCCCGCGAACGCGUAUCUCCCGGGCGGUCCGUAGGCAGUUGCAGGCAUGCAUCUGCCUCGCUGUAUCCUACGCCAUGUCUUUUGUUUAUGGCUUCACGCUCCCGCUGCAGAAGUGGUUGCUUUAUAUCCCAAUCCAACAUCUGCGUCCUCAGGUCGAAAUGUUACUCACCUACAUGGCCAAGCGCGGUACGCUGCCUUCAACAAGGGCAACAUCCAGGACUUCUCCGCCUCCACUUGCUAUCUCUCAUCAUGAACCCCUCUUCUUCCUCUUCUUCGUCGGUGCCUGCGCAGAACAAGUGUCGGACGAAGCGGGCAAGAGGCCACAACUAUUGAUCGACAGGAAAUGGCACUCUACUCGAUUUUGCGAGAUGUCCCGGAUUCUGGGACUCAGGACGUGGAAGGAAGCGCAGAGGAUACUAAAGAGGUUUGUCUAUGGAGAUGGGCAUGUGAUGGAUCGGUUCGUUGAAGGCUUAUUUGAGCAGAGGGCCGAGUUGGGUCGCGGUGGAAGCGUUCUCGGCUAG